GUUGACAUGAAGAUCCACGAUAGAACUCAUAUGAUACAAAUGGAUAUAAUUAUCGAAGCGUCGAUUUCUAGAAUAAUUGCUGUGGACCUGCUACGGAAUUUCGAUCGAACGCAUCAACAGUUAUUCACUCGAACUAGACAGAUUACCGGAAGUGUUAUGGCGAUGCUUCUUCUCUUUUUGCUCUACGGUGCGAUUGGGUUGCUGAUGUUGUCUAUCUGGCUGUACAAUACUCUGCCAGCACAAGCAGCGUUCUUUCUGUUUGUUCAUUUUCCUGCUGAUGUCGUCCCUGGGUGGCGUCGCUCGGGGAUGAGUGUGAAAUUUUCGUGUCGCAAUUGAGACACCGCGCGGUGGCGACGUUUCGACCAGAAUUCUUCGCCUCAGGUGGUGGCUUUGGAAGUGCGAUGGGCAGCGAUUUUGCGGGGGGUAUGGAUAGCGGACUAAAGAAUCGACUGCGCUUUCGUGGAAAUGGAAACCAGCAAGCACCUGCAAAUUACCACUACGCGGGUCUGGUCAGAUAAGGUCGAUCGGCUGGGGACGGUGCGAGGGACGUCGAUAUGGGAGGUCACUCAGCUCAACACAGCCAGACUUCUGGAGGAGCAGGAGGAGUGCGAAAUGAUGAGCAGCUGAAUCCAGAAUCAAGAACUGCACCUGGUGAGCGUCUAGACGCACGACCAGAUUUCUAUGCAUCAUCCGCGGUAACAAAGGAAGGAGGCUCUGUUGCUGCUACUUCUACAGCGUAUAGGACACCACUACAACUACUUGAUCAUGACCCAGGUACAACAGGCCAUACCAGAGGGUCUUCGAACAUGAAUGCUGGACGUGAUCCCCUCCAAUAAUUGCACUUGCUAUUAAGACUUCCGGAAAUCCAUCUUCAGAGGCAUCUUGCUCUUGGACCUCCCGUGUAAGGGAAAAACUGGCCCAAGAUGACUGUCAGCAUGGAUUCCCGGAAGGUCUAAUGUUGCUCGAUCAUGGGUGCGUGUACUACGGGGAUUAUCUGGUGUCGGAGAAGCACUGCUGGUGCUUGCUGGGUAAUGUCUUGACGGCUGAUCUGGUCAGGAAAUCUCUAGCCUUCGUGCUUUUAAGUGGAGCCUUCGCAGUGAUUCCGAUGUUGGUGGAAAGCGGUCUUGCAUAGUAGUCCCAUGGGGAAAACGAGAGCAUAUUUGAUACAACAUAGUAGUUACUACGCAGUGGCAGUGUCCUUACUUACGUAUUCGGUGUACAUUACGCGAACAGAAGGUCACUUCCCUUUAUUAGAAGAUGUUGACUUUAACAUAGACCUUGCAGCGAUGUUUUGUUUGGACGCAUUGUAGGCACUAAAAAGGAGAUGUAGAUUCAUAGAACUUAAAGAUCUUGUUCUUGAAACAGAAACAUGGAUCCUACACCAAG